UUACAACCAAAGCAAUCAUUGUCAAAAAGAACACAUGCAUGCAGGAUGGGAGUUUCAAGUCAACUUCUACUGACAUUGAUCCUCUUGCUCAAUUCCACUGCUGGUAUGGGUCAGGUCGAAUGUUACAGUACAGCAGACUUCAGUUGCAGUAGUGAACGACCAACAUUAAGAGUCGCAGGUCAGGACUGCUGUGAUGAGGGAUUCUUGUCCUUCAAUACAGGAGCCGAUAUCUGUCAACUGUGCUCCGGAAAUGUGAUUUGCUCGGCUAACAUUGGCUGUACUGAUGGCUUUAAUGCCAGCCAAUCUCUGAGUCGUGGCGAGUGUUGUGCUACUGGUGGGGGAGUGGCUUACACAGACAGUGCAGGAAGAUGUUUACAAUGUCCUCGUUCCAUCACUGGUUGCUAUAGUGAGGUCGAGUGUAACGGAGACAUCAUUUCUGUAAGUUUGAUCGAGUCAGCUACUGCUCAGGUUAGAGAGUGUUGUCUCAGCACUGCCGGACUCUCCUAUAACCUACUGGGACAAUGCAUCGACUGUAUCGUGUAUGGAUUUCUUGAAGAGAGGCUAGAAGCAGUUGAAAGGGGACAAGGCUAUAUGGUUGGUAUUGGGUACAUUAAACGACCUGACUCGGUUACCAACCUUAUCAGAGGAGACAUCCUUGUAGCUGAUGAUGGGACUGCAAGUGUGGGCAUAGAUUUUCAGAUCAGUUCCGACAGAUACACAGUUCGUCCGGGUGUGAAUCAAGAAAUCAUUGUUACGUAUCGGGUAGACAGUAUUGCUCAAGAGCCCAUGGAGACUGCCCAAUUGCAACUAAGUAUUACUACAACGCCACCAAGGGGAUUACUGGCACGUGACACAUUGGAUCUGAUUGUCAUUGACAAUGGCUCUGGUUGUAAAGCAGAGGUAUACCAGAAUCAUUCUUGGCCCAACACGGCACUAGGGUCUACUGCACUGUCCCCUUGUCCAUGUGUAGAAGUAUUGGAUGUGUUUGCAGGGAAUGUCAGCAGACAGUGCUCUGGAUCAAUCAGUGAGGGAGGUAUGUGGAAGGAUGAGCUUGACCUCAGCAGCUGUGAGACUACACUUUCAGACAUAUCCCGGGAAUUGUGUGAGAUUGCACUAGGACUCUCAACAAAUAAGACAACGCAAACAUCCAAUCAGAUUGCCAACAUCACAUCCAGACCACAAAAUCUGACUGCAAGUCAUAUCACCUUGGUUACUGCAAUAGUAGAGCAAGUAGCAGCAGAAGCUGCUAUCAACCAAGAGGUGAGAGACAACUAUCUUCAAACAAUCAACAAUAUUCAGCAAGCCGAUGCUGACGUCAUCUAUGAGAGCCAGAUGGUAAUGAAUUCAUCAACAAGGAUUCUUGCAAGCCUCGAAACAUUUGUGGUCAAUCUCAAUACUUCAACUGUUUUCAGAAACUCCACAAGCAAUCGAACUGUUCUCAGUUUCGAAACAUUUGCUAUCACAGUGCAAGAUUUAGACCCUGACAGUUUCCAAGGCCAGACAUUUGCUGUUGAUUUAGGUCCAGUUGAAGAGGCAAUGAAAAAUACUGGCGUUAUCGACCAAUAUGCUUUGAUGACAACUAAUGCUGAUAAUAGAUCUGAGAUUGAUUCUCUUAGUGAAGACACAGAAAACUCAACUGCCUCUCUACGCUUAAGCCCUUCCUUGUUUGAAAAAUGCCCUACAAUAAAUCGUACUUCACUUUGGCAGAGAUUAAGUUACUCUGUUUUUUUGUCUGAUGUGCUUUUCCUUCCUGAGAACAGAAGUACUAAUCGGGUGGGAUCUAUUGUGGUGGCUGCAAGACUAGCUUGUCUGCAGACCAACAAGACAGUACCAAUACGAACUAGCUUUCUGAUCAGGAUGACGGAUAAUGUCAAUAACAGCAGGUGUGCUGUGUAUAAGACUAAAGAUCAGUUUGGAGCUUGGGACACUGCUGGAUGUAGAGAGAUAACCAGUUCCAAUGGGAGAAAAGAUUGCGAGUGCAGACAAUUGGGCCACUUUGGAAUACUCUUUGAUUUGAAUCCAACUUCAUUACCUGAAAAGCUUUCAAUUGCUUUGAGCACCAUCACAUACAUUGGUCUGAGCUUGUCUGUAGUUUGUCUUCUGGUGUUCAUAUUCACCAUUUUUGUCAGCAAGAAGCUACUCGCUGAUAAACAGAAUCAAAUCCUCAUCAACAUUAGUAUUUCCCUGAUGUGUUUGUACUUCACCUUCCUCAUUGGAGGGUUCGCUGUUGGUAUCCCACCUAUCUGUGGGUUCAUGUCUGCCCUCUUGCAGUACUUCUUCCUAGUGUUUUUCUCCUGGAUGGCUGUAGAAGCUGUCUGGCUCUAUCUCAAACUGGUAGUAGUAACGGGAUCUCAGUCCCUCACCUCCAAGUUUAUGCUGAAGGCUGGACUCUCAGCUUGGUUGCUGCCCUUUAUGAUUGUAGUCGUCAGUGCUGGAGCAGGAUACCAGUACUACAGCAACCCAUACUACUGUCGUCCUACUGAAUGGCCUUUCUAUUUUGGAUUCAUUCUUCCUUUUGUCAUCAUCUACGUACUCAACUGGAUUGUGUUUGUUGCCAUCAUGGUGUCCAUUUGCAAGCAUUUUAGAAACCUGCAGUCACUUCGUGAGAGCUCCGUACGUCAACAGUUGAGGAAUGUUAAGGAGAACUUGAUCAUUGCAAUGUGCCUAUCGAUUGUACUUGGCCUGGGUUGGGGCCUUGGACUAGUAUCAACAAGCUCUGGUCUUGUAGAGCUGUCAUUCACAUUCCAAGUGAUAUUCUCUAUCUUUGUGGGUUCUCAAGGUGUGCUGAUUUUUAUUCUAUAUGGUAUUCGAAACACUAACUUCCGCCAGCUAUGGAUAAAACUCUUUAGUGGCUGUAGAUCAAAUACUGAUAACUUUGUGUCUUCUGAGAAAGGGAGCACUAAUCCGCGAGAUAAUUCUAGCACUGUCGGAGAGGAAUUAUCGAGCAUGAGCACAUUAUCAAGCAAGCAGUAUUCCCUACACAAUGAAGAAAAGAAAUAACUCAAAGGGACAAAAUCAUGAAAGUAAAUAGCUGAGUUUUUAGCCGCUUAACUUAACUUCUAGAUCUAGUUAGUUAUAGUAUAUGAAUAGAAGGUUGAUUAUAUGCCAUAUAAUUAUAUAGAUGCUGAUUUAUGUUAUACAUGUUACAGUACUGAAAUAAAGUUGUGGGCUGCUAGGAAGACAAGCAUAAUU